CAUUUCCCCAUCCAAUCCCAUUUCCCAUUCUCCCAUUGGGCGAGUGCGAAUGGUAGUUUAGUUCAGUGAACGUGCGUUCGUUUUAACCGGGAUUUCGCCGUCCCGAAUCAUUUUUACUCCUUAAGUUACCUUCUCAGCCAACAAAAUUAAUUCGUUAAACAUGACUAGGUCGAAUAUUGAAUUGGGAGAUGUAACACCUCAUAAUCUCAAACAGCUGAGGAAAUUAAAUCAAGUAGUAUUUCCUGUCAUUUACAACGAUAAGUUUUACCGUGAUGUACUGGAGGCGGGAGAGCUUGCUAAACUAGCCUACUACAAUGAUAUAGUUGUUGGUGCUGUCUGCUGUAGAGUGGACACAGCUGAAAAAAAUCGACGCCUUUACAUCAUGACACUUGGUUGUCUGUAUCCCUACCGAAGACUUGGCAUUGGCACUGUCAUGUUCAAUCAUGUGCACAAUCUUGUUGAACAAGAUGGAAAUUUCAGUAGCAUUUAUCUCCAUGUGCAAGUAUGCAAUGAAGGUGCUCUCAAAUUUUACCAGAAAUUUGGAUUUGAAAUAGUUGAGACUAAAGAAAGUUAUUACAAGAGGAUUGAGCCUGCUGAUGCCUAUGUGCUGGAGAAACGAUUGAGGCCAAAGGUUGUCAAUGGAGAUGCAGCACUGCACAACGGCGAAAAAAAAGAAGCUGAAAAGGAUAAAUGAGAGUUUGUGAGCUGCUAAUCAAGUUGACUCAAACUUCGGGAACUGUUUCUUUUGUGAUCUGGUAGUUGAACUCUGAUGCCUCUAAACUGUAUUAAAAAAAGAAACAUUCAUUCUAUGAGAAUAUGAGGCAUCAUCUGUUCGUGCAACUUAAAUUGUGAUAUAUCAAGGACCUCUUCCAAUCUUUCUUCCGCGCCCUACUCAGCAUCUUAUUCUGAUUGCUUGCACUCUCAAUUCAUGAUUUGUGAUUGGUAAGCACCAUUCUUAACAAAAAUACAUCUAAAGUCAAGUCCUCUUGGAUAACUUAAUUCUGUGUUUUUAAGGCCUUUAACAAUUAAAACCAAUAUUACUAA